AUGAUGGAGUACAUUGGUGCCACAGGCCAACCCGUGACAUUUAAUCCUGUUCCAGUUGAAGACAACAUUGACUUCCACUUCAUACUUAGUUUUGCCAUUGAUGCAGAUCCAUCUGCUAAGCCUCAAAAUGGAAAAUUCUCACCAUAUUGGGCAGACACAUUAACCCCACAAUCAGUGGCAGCUAUCAAGGAGCGUCACCCUAAUGUGAAAGCCUUGGCAAGUCUUUCUGGUUGGAGUUUAGGUGACGAAGUCCUUCGUUGGUACAACCCUGAAAACCCUCAACUUUGGAUCAAUAAUGCUUUCACCUCUCUUACAUCCUUAGCUAAGGAAUAUCAUCUUGAUGGUAUCGACAUCGAUUACGAAAACUUCCCUAGAAACAAUGCUAGUUUCGCUUAUUGCAUAGGCGAGCUCAUUACCUUACUGAAAAACCAAAGUGUCAUUUCUGUGGCCACCAUCGCACCUUUUCACACCACUGUUUUGCCCUAUAUUGAGCUCUUCAAUAAGUAUGGAGAUCUUAUUGACUAUGUCAAUCACCAAUUUUAUACUGAUAAAGUUAGGAGCCCAAAAGGGUAUUUAGCAGCUUUUCAGCUUCGAGCCACGCAAUUCGAUAAGGAUAAAUUGUUACCUAGCUAUGAAGUGAAUGGAAGGGGCAUUCAAGGAGACGCAUUUUUUGAUGCUUUAAAUCUGCUGGAGGCAAAUGGAUUUGAUGUCAAUGGAGUGAUGAUCUUCUCAGCUGAUGCUUCUUCUUCUAAUAACUAUUACUAUGAGAGGACAUCCCAAGCUUUCUUGACCAAUUCUACAAGUGUGUGA